GGUUUGCGGGGAUGUUGCUAUGCGAUGUGGAGUGGAGCUGUUGAUAUGUUGGCCGGACCCUGGCGGAUUUCACACAGCAGCUGGAGGCUGGUGUGAGGAAGCGGCGCUGUCAUGGCGUCCGGACCAGGCUCGGUGCCCGCGGUUCAGCCUGGCGUGGGCCCUGCUGGCACUGACCGGCUCUUCCGGAAGCCCAGAGACCUGACGGGCUCAUCUACACACUACAGACCCCCACGCUGUCUCCCUGACGUCUGCCCCAAGGAGCCUACAGAUCUUCAUGAGGCCUGACUUCAUACUGAGCGAACCGGCCACCUUCAGUGCCGUGUUGCCGUGGUCACACUUCAGCGUCGCCGGGGGGAAGAGCGGCCGGGAUGCCGCGUCGUCACGGUUACUGCAGGAGAAAUUGAGUCACUACCUGGACGUGGUGGAGGUGAGCAUCGCGAUACAGAUCUCUCUGCGCUCCGAGGCGUUCUUCCACGCCAUGUCGUCUCAGCGCGAGCUCCAGGAGCAGCUGUGCGAGGCGGCGGGCGCCGUAAGGGCGCUGCGGGAACACACGGCCGGCUUGGGACGCACCAUGAGCCGCGGGCCUCUGCAGGCGCUGCGGCACACGGUCACGCGCAGGAACUGCGUCACGCUGCACAGUAAACUGAAGCUGAUGGCGGCGGUGCAGCAGACGCAGCCCACCGUGCAGCUGCUGCUCUCCACCUCGGAGUUCGUGGGCGCGCUGGAGCUCAUCAACACCACCAAGGAGGUGCUGCAGCAAGAGCUCCAGGGCUCGUUGCUCAUUUUAACAUCAUGGUUGUCCAGCGCUCUGUGCGGCGGUGCUUUAGUGCUUGGCGUGAUGUUCCGAGCGAUGUUGCUUGGUGGCGUCACGGCAGCUGUGCAGGCGGUUUGGGACAUACCAACGCUCUGCGUGGCAGUGCGUCUGUGCUCGCUUUGUGGAUCCAUGGCGCAGUGUUCUGAGUGAUGUGUCGCAGCGGCUGUGCUGGCGGUGUGGGACUUGUUUUCGUGCGCCUUUUGGUGGGACUGUGGCUGCUACACCACUGGAAUUACAUCCUGACCUCUAUUUGGUGGACACUUUUUUUUUUUUCCUUCCUUUCAUCAUUUAUUUCGAAUGAUGAACUGGAUUGUAUACACUCACCGGUAGGGAUCGACCGAUAUGUUUUUUUCAGGGCCGAUACCGAUACCAAUUAUUAUGGAAUUGGGAUGCCGAUAACCGAUAUGUGCAACCGAUAAAUGUAAACAUUAUAAUUCACAUGAAAUUAAACACAGCACACACUGACACAGACCUUCAUAUCCAUGAAAUGUAUGUUUAAUUGUAAAAUUGAACAUGAAAUUUUGUGCAGGGAGAUGCCAGCAGCAUUUGUACAAUAAAGUCAAACAUUAGUUAGAAUAAAAUGAGAAAUAAAAUAAUAAAAUAUUCACCAAUAAAAAAAAUAAAUCACUCCCUACUAUAUUACAGCUCACCACUUUCAGUGGAAAAUAAAUGAAAAUACACUCUGGAUUCUUUUACACUAAGAACUCAGUAAGACUUACCAACUUCAAGUAGUUUUUAAAUAACAAAUCAAGUGUAGGGAGCUGCCUGCAGCAUUUUUUAAAAAGUAAAAUCAAACAAAGUAGGCUAUCACUCCCUAUUAUGUAACAACUUAACAAGUAACCAUCUACAUUCUAAUGCUUUUAAUAACCAUAAUAGCGCUUUAUAAAGUUACCUAACAUAUACAAGUGCAAUGCGCUUUUUGAGCACGAGUCACGUCAUGAAGUUUACUCAUCACCAUAACAAAUAGCCAGUAGGCUUGCGCUAGCCUACAGAACACAAACACUACGUUUUAUUUCGUCUUCCCUUGACCACCUCUCUGUAUGGCUGUUAUUCUACUGUUCGAGUCGAACUACUUUCACAUUCACAACGUUUCCAGACGGGGAUUCAAAAAUGACUGCAGCCUACGUUAUGCUGGGGACUGCUUACUAUGGACAACAUUACAUGUAGUUUCAGCGAGACUAGUUGGUUGUAGGCUAAUUCAAGUGCUUCCUUCCGUAAGCUAAGUUUGCCUGGCUACACAGAUGCAAAUGGACAAUUUUAACGAGUAGUAGAUGAAGAAUGUAAACACAUAAUGAUGUUGUGCUUUUGCAACUUGUGUGUUUGUGACUUAUUGCGGCAAAAGCAGCGUGUCCUUACCUUGUAGUGGGAUCUGCUUCUGUCCGAGUGCCCGUACGGGCGCCUUGAAACAGUUCACAGCGUUUAGCUACGUGUGUUGAUUGGCUAUAUCUCUUGUGCCAAACAAAUCAGAUGUUGUGGUGGGCGGGACCGUGUUCUUGAACUCAGAGAGGCGAGUGCAGGAAAGGACGUGCAGUGACAAUCGCGUUAGGAACGAAAUGGCUGCAAAAAGGCAUGUUAUCAGCAUAUCGGUGGAAAUUAUGGCUGAUACCGAUAACCCUAAAAAUGCAGAAUAUCGGCCCAAUAUAUCGGCCAGGCCGAUUAUCGGUCGACCCCUACUCACCGGCCAUUUUAAUAGGAGCACGUGUAUGCGCAUGCACAGUGUCGCGACUGUUACACUCUUACAUUCUUACAGCACGAUGACGUAGUGGCUAGCGCCGCUAUAUGAGGCAGUAGCCACAACAAAAACGAUUUUGACCUUUUUGGUGACCUUGACCGGAUGACUUUCAAAAUGUUGGAGGUUCUAUUUGAGACCAAUGCACAUCUAUCCUGAAAGUUUCAUGAAGAUUGAUACAGCCGUUUUCCCGUAAUAUCGUUAACAAAAAACAAAGAAACCUGACCGAAACCCCCCUGGUGGACUCCGUCCCAGGCGAGGUAAUAACAGAGUAAACACUGCUUUCAUGGUGGAAUCUUCUACAUGUUUAGAAAUUCUUGAGUAUUUUCAGAAACGUCAACAGGACGCUCACUGUGUUUCCAGUAUUCAGGACAUCUGUCUUUUAAAAAGGAGUAAAUACUGCCAUCUAGAGGCAGGAUCACAUAACUGCAGCAUCAUUGAAGGGUGUCAAAAGGAAAGCAUGUUUUCCCAAAGGCCAAAAUAAUGGAAUUAAAAAUAUUAUAAAGAGCAGUAAACAUUAAUAAAUGAAAUAAAGUUAGUGUUUAUUGUGAUGACCCUUUGCGUUAGGAAAAAAAUAAUCUCAGGGACAGUGUGUGCACUUUUAUAAGGAAAUGAGCUGGUGAGUUUGGGUUGUGGGUUUGUCUGGGAAAAUGCAGCCAUAUUCUGAAGUUGAAAUGUUGGUUAUGAGUCACAAUUAAUAUAUUUUGUCUUAUUUAAAAGUAAAAAUAAAGCAUUUUUCAGCAUCACA